AUGGCUGAAUCUGGAAAUGAGUUCAAUGGAAAUGCUGGAGUAAUCUUAGCCAUUCAGGAUAUGGCUUCAGCAAUUAGAGAAAAUAGUAACCAAGAUCACCGUCAUGAAACUGAAGAAGAUCGAGUUAUGAGGAUACAAGGACAAUUCCGUAAGACGAAACCAACAAUAUUUAAAGGUGAACCAAAUCAUAUGGCAGCUGAAGAAUGGUUGAGGCAAAUUAAGAGAAAGAUGGAUAAUCAAAGAAUUCGUGCAGACAUUAGAGUUGUUAUUGCUUGUACCUAUCUGGAAGGACAAGCAUACCUUUGGUGGGAGUCAAUUCUGAGUAUGCCAGAUACUGAAAUUACAACUUGGGAGGCAUUCGAAAGUGUUUUCUUGGAAAAAUAUUUUCCAAGUACUAUGAAAGCAAUGAAAGCAAGGGAGUUUGUUAACCUUGUCCAAGGCAACUUAACUGUUGAUCAAUAUCAAUCUAAGUUUGAAGAACUCAUGCGUUUUGCACCAUAUAUGAUCCCUGAUGAUGCAACAAAAGCAAAACGAUUUGAAGAAGGAUUGAGACCAUCAAUUUUGGAAAAGGUUGACAUUUUGAAAUUAAGCAAGUACGCUGAUGUGGUUGAUAGAGCACAUAUAGCAGAGCAAAGACCCGAAACAAAGAGAACUUGGGAUUCAAGUAGUGGACAAGUAAAUAAACGGACAAGAUUUAAUACUCCUCAAUCACAAGAAAAGUUCGGACCACCACUAUGUUAUUACUGCAAACAAGUGGGACAUGUAAAGAGAUUUUGUCCACAACUACAAAGAUAUCAAGGACCUCAAGUACAACAGACAUUAUAUCGUCCUCCACAAGUACCUUUUCGUGCUCCACCGCCACCUCAAAGUUAUACUACUUUUCAACCUCAGUCUAACUGGGCAAGGCCAGUUACUAGUCAAUCACCACAACUUCCAGGAGGACAAUCUUCCCAAAUUAAACCAAGGGUCCCUGCAGCUGGAAAGAAAUCUGGACCAUUCACACAAGGAAGAGUAUAUGUUAUGGGAAAUGUGACAUAUCAAACUGAGCCUAAGACAAUAGAAGGAAUGGACUGGCUUACACGUUACCAAGUUACAAUUGAUUGUGGUAAAAAGAGAAUUACCAUCAAUACUCAUAAGGAAGAAACCUUUAGCUUCUUUGUGAAAAAGGAAAGCCAGAAAUAUGGUGUUGGAAAUUAUAAAUAUUUGAGUCAGAUAGCUAGAAUCGGAACUGAAGAAGUAGAAAAAUCUCCAAUACAACUUAUUCCUGUGGUAAAGGAAUUUAGCGAUGUUUUUCCAGAAGAAUUGCUCGGCUUACCUCCAGAGCGCGAAGUAGAGUUUGCUAUAGAAAUAUACCCAGGUACAACACCUAUUUCUAUACCUCCUCAUCGCAUGGCCCCAGCUGAACUGAAAGAACUUAAGAUACAACUCCAAGAAUUACAAGCAAAAGGAUAUAUCUGUCCUAGUACUUCACCAUGGGGUGCACCUGCUCUCUUUGUGAAAAAGAAAGAUUUAACUCUUCGAAUGUGUAUCGAUUAUCGUCAAUUAAAUAGGGUCACCAUAAAGAACAAAUAUCCUUUACCUAGAAUUGACGAUUUAUUCGAUCAGUUAAGAGGUUCUCAUUUCUUUUCAAAAAUUGAUCUUCGAUCUGGCUAUCACCAACUUCGAGUUAAAGCUGAAGAUAUACCCAAAACAGCUUUUCGAACUCGAUAUGGGCAUUAUGAAUUUGUAGUUAUGCCUUUUGGAUUGACAAAUGCACCAGCAGCAUUUAUGGAUAUGAUGAACCGAAUUUUCCGACCUUAUUUAGAUCAGUUUGUCAUCGUAUUCAUUGAUGAUAAUCUAAUAUAUUCCAAAUCUCACGAAGAACAUGAGGAACAUUUGCGAAUCGUUUUACAAACAUUAAGAGAAAAUCAAUUGUAUGCAAAGUUGAAUAAGUGUGAAUUCUGGUUGAGACAAGUAAAGUUUUUAGGACAUGUAAUUUCCAAUGAAGGUAUUUCAGUUGAUUCUUCCAAAGUUGAGGCAGUGUUGAAUUGGAGUCAGCCAAAGAAUAUCUCGGAGAUACGUAGUUUCCUUGGAUUAGCUGGCUAUUAUAGGAGAUUUAUCAAGGAUUUUUCUCGAAUAGCUGCACCAAUGACCAAGCUGACCCAGAAAGGAGUGAAAUUCAUAUGGACUCAAGAAUGUGAAAAGUUAUUCCAAGAAUUGAAAACUCGAUUGACUACCGCACCAAUACUGAUUAUUCCUGAACGGGACCUAGGAUUUGAGCUUUACUCUGAUCAUAAAAGUUUGAAAUAUCUUUUCACUCAGAAAGAGCUUAACCUGAGACAAAGACGAUGGAUGGAAUACUUAGAAGAUUACGAUUUCGGUCUACAUUAUCAUCCUGGAAAGGCUAAUAUAGUGGCAGAUGCUCUAAGUAGGAAUACACAUGGAUUUGUAGCAGGACUACAAAUUCAGAAAUGGAAGAUGAUGAAUUGUAUUCAAGAUUAUAAUUUACAUGUGAACGUACUUGAGCAUGGUGCUUAUCUUUAUAACCUGGUAACAAGGCCAACUUUGCUAGGAAAAGUUGUUGAAAAACAACAAGAGGAUAACUCGUGUAAAUCAAUUCAAGAACAUAUUUUGGAUGGAGAUAAAAUAGAAGGUUGGACCUUUCAUGAAGAAGAUGGUUUAAGGAUUUACGUCGUCAGUUUUGGUGGAAUGCAAGUGAAAGCUGAACAUCAGAAACCCGCUGGCCCUCUUCAACCUUUACCUGUUGCACAAUGGAAAUGGGAUCAUAUCACAAUGGAUUUUGUCACAGGUUUACCACGAUCACCAAGAGUCAAAACGACAGAUUCCACAGAAACUCUUGGGAAAUUAUAUAUUCGAGAGAUAGUGAGAUUACAUGGAAUUCCUAUUUCUAUUGUUUCUGAUAGAGAUUCAAAGUUUACUUCUCAGUUUUGGGGUACUUUGCAAAAAGCAUUAGGAAGUCAAUUGAAUUUUAGCAGUGCAUUUCAUCCCCAAACUGAUGGACAAUCAGAAAGGACUAUUCAGAUUUUAGAAGAUAUGUUAAGAGCUUGUGUUUUGGAUUUUCAUGGAACUUGGGAAGAUCAUCUUGCUUUGGCAGAAUUUGCUUAUAACAACAGUUUUCAAUCCAGCAUCGGAAUGGCACCAUACGAAGCACUCUAUGGUAGACCAUGUAGAUCACCUUUAUGUUGGGCGGAAGCAAGUGAAACUGUGUUAUUAGGACCUAAUUUGGUACAAGAAACAACAGAGAAGAUCAAAACUAUCAGACAACGCUUGCUUACAGCUCAGUGUCGGCAAAAGAAUUAUGCUGAUAGAAGAACAAGGCCAUUGAAGUUUAAUAUUGGGGAUCAUGUAUUCCUUAAAGUUUCACCUCGAAAGGGAGUUAAAAGAUUUGGAAAGUCUGGAAAAUUAGCCCCACGAUUCAUUGGACCUUUUGAAGUACUACAACGGAUUGGGGAAGUAGCUUACAAGUUAGCACUACCACCUCAAUUUUCGAAUGUUCAUAAUGUAUUUCAUGUCUCUAUGCUUCGAAAAUAUGAACCGGAUCCAGCACAUAUUUUAGAUUGGGGAGAACUAAACAUAGAUGAGCAAUUAUCUUUUGAGGAAAGACCAAUACGGAUAUUAGAUCAUAAAGAACAAGUGUUGCGAACGAAGACUAUUCCACUAGUCAAAAUCCUUUGGUUACACGGAAAUACAGAAGAGGCUACAUGGGAAUUAGAACCUGAGAUGAAAGAAAAAUAUCCAGAACUUUUUCUUUGA